AUGUCGACGACACUGGGUGCCUUUGUCGCCGGCGGCAUUGCGGCCUGCGGAGCCGUCACCGCGACGCAUCCCUUCGAGACGGUCAAGAUUCGCAUGCAGCUACAAGGAGAACUCCAGUCCAAGGGACACCAGCCGCAUCACUACCGCGGGCCCCUGCACGGCGUCGGCGUCAUCGUCAAGCACGAGGGCUUGCGCGGCAUCUACCGCGGCCUCGGCAGCGCCUACAUCUACCAGAUACUGCUCAACGGCUGCCGGCUGGGAUUCUACGACCCCAUGCGCAAGGGCCUGGCCACCCUUUUCCUCAAGAACGAGAAUGCGCAGAACCUGGCCAUCAACAUGCUGUGCGGCGCCUCGUCCGGUGUCUUUGGUGCCGCAGCCGGGAGCCCCUUCUUCCUCGUCAAGACGCGCCUGCAGAGCUACUCGCCCUUUCGGCCCGUCGGCACCCAGCACCAGUAUCGCAACGCGUGGGACGGCCUGUCCAAGAUCUACGGCGCCGAAGGCGUCAGAGGGCUUUACCGCGGCGUCGGCGCGGCCAUGAUCCGGACCGGGUUCGGCAGCUCCGUGCAGUUGCCCACCUACUUCUUCGCCAAGCGACGGCUCGUUCGGCACGCGGCCAUGGACGAGGGCCCUGCGUUGCAUCUCGCGAGCAGCGCCGUCAGCGGGUUUGUUGUCUGCUGCUUCAUGCACCCCCCUGACACAAUCAUGUCUCGCCUCUACAACCAAAAUGGAAACCUGUACAAGGGCGUCUUCGAUUGCCUGGGCAAGACCAUCCGCACCGAGGGUUUUUUCGCCAUUUACAAGGGCUUUCUCCCGCACCUGGCCCGGAUACUGCCGCACACAAUCCUUACGCUCUCGCUGGCGGAGCAAACCAACAAGUUGAUGAGGAGGUUUGAGGGCCGUGUCUUACCCAUGGUGGCCAAGGCCUGA